AUGGAAACUCUUGCUUGUAAUUUUCAUCCAUUGAUCUUCAAUUUAUCAAAUUCUAAAACUUUCUCUUUUCUUAAAUUUCCCCUUUCACCAGAUCGCUUCAUCUCAUCGGCAACAACCUCGAGCUUGAGGAUGGCUGACCCUGCGCAGAGUCCAGUGAUUGAGCAGCAGAGAGUAGUGAUUCCUAACAAGCAUGGUGAAAAGCUUGUGGGAUUAUUGCAUGAAACUGGGUCUAAAGAAAUAGUAGUCUUAUGCCAUGGUUUCAGAUCCACCAAGGCUGAUCGUACUAUGAUGAACCUUGCUGUUGCUUUAGAGAAAGAAGGAAUCAGUGCCUUUCGUUUUGACUUUGCUGGAAAUGGAGAAAGCGAAGGUUCAUUUGAGUUUGGUAACUACUUGCGAGAAGCUGAUGAUUUACAUGCUGUCACCCAGCACUUUUGCCGGGAAAACCGCAUUGUAAGUGCAAUUCUUGGGCAUAGCAAAGGAGGUAAUGUGGUGCUUCUCUAUGCUUCUAAGUAUCAUGAUAUCCAUACAGUUGUCAAUGUUUCUGGCCGCUAUGAUUUGAAGAAAGGCAUCGAAGAACGUUUUGGAAAAGAUGCCAUGGACAGAAUUAAGAAGGAUGGAUUCGUUGAUAUCAAGAAUAAGACAGGAAGUGUUGAAUUUCGUGUGACUGAGAAAAGUCUGAUGGAGCGCUUAAGUAUAGACAUGCAUGAAGCAUGUCUUAAGAUCCCUAGAGAAUGCAGGGUUUUGAUAGUCCACGGAUCUGAUGAAGAUAUAAUCCCUGUUGAAGAUGCAUUGGAGUUUGCCAAGAUUAUACCUAACCAGAAAUUGCACAUUGUAGAAGGAGCUGAUCAUAACUACACUUCACAUCAAACUGAAUUAGCUUCUGUGGUGUUGAGUUAUAUAAAGAUAGCUUUACAGCAGGAGUAGGAUACACCUAAUUACUAGCUGCUUUUCGUGCCAAUAAACAGAUAAACCUUUUCAUCUGAAAUAAAAUUUCAAGUUAAUUUUAACCUUGCUCCUGGUAAGAUUGUGAUAGAGGGGGCUGAUGGAAUGUUCCCAGUGUAAGACAGAGAAAUAGCAUAUGUUGGUCAUCGCUCUUUUGUGUGUUUGGAGACAAGUCUAUGUAUAUAAGUUUUCAUUUCAGGUUCUGUUACCAAGUUGGCUAAUUUAAUCUUUGGUCAGGAUUCACUAUUAGAAAGUUUUAUGA